AUGGCUUUUGCUCCAAGUGUCAAUCCGUGUUGUCCUCCCGCUGCUCCUCUUCGCGUACCAAUACCACAAACACAACAGCCUGUGUGUGUUCCAGUGUGUUGUUGUGUUGAACGCAUCUGCUGUGAUCCGUGUUUAGGACCACGUCGUGUUGCUCAAUAUUAUCAAACGAUGGUUUUUACGAUUUUUUGCAUGUUUUAUGGAUAA